AUGUUUUCCAUUUUUGUAUUUCAUUGUCAAAGUACGGCUUGCAAAGAUUCUUAUCCAUGGCAAUAUUCUUGCGUCGAAGGUGAUGUAUCCAAUAUUAGUUGGGCAACAAAUUUUUGUUAUGCAAAUAAUACUUGGAUUCAAAAUUGCACAGUAUACGAUACAGUUGAAUGCACAGGUAAUAGAACAUUUAGUAGAUACCAAUGGUGUCCUAAUAGAAAAGGCAAAUCAUAUUCUUUAGCGGUCGUUUUAUCAUGUUUAGGAGGAUUGUUUGGAUUUGAUAGAUUUUACCUCGGAUAUACAUCUUUGGGAUUCAUUAAAUUCUUUACUUUCGGAAUAUUCUUCGUAGAUUAUAUUUUAGAUAUAAUUUUAAUAUUAACUCAAUAUUUACAACCAGCAGAUGGCAAUGGAUAUUCGGUCUCUGCUCCAUUUCCAAUUAUUGGCCAUGGAAUCAAAAAUAAUUUAAUUUGA